GGUAUAUCUAUAAUUAAUCCUAACCUUUAUCAAAUCCAAUCAAUCGUUCAGAUUUAAAAUAACGAUAAAGGAAAACGAACAGAGAGCGGGGUAAAGGAUCUUUUGGUGAGCGUCUUUGUGUCUGUCGAACAUGCCUAUUCCGUGCGAAGAUAUCAUCGAGGACAUCGAAGAUUUAAUCGCGUCACAGGACAUAACGCCUAAAGAGAGGUAUAACUCGAGGAAGCAUAUCACGGUACGGCCGAAACGAAGGAAACAGGAGCAGGAGGAAGUUCCGCAGCCGCCUAUCCUGUCGAGUAUAAUACCUGGCACGCAGACGAUCUACGUGAAAACGUGGGGAUGUACGCACAAUAAUUCAGACACCGAAUACAUGGCUGGACAGCUGGCGAUGUAUGGUUACAACUUGUCUGACGAUAAGCUAAAGGCAGACUUGUGGCUUCUGAAUUCGUGCACCGUCAAAAAUCCUGCGGAGGAUCAGUUUAGGAAUGAAAUCGAGCAUGGGAAGAAAAUCGGCAAACAUAUUGUAAUUGCCGGAUGUGUGCCACAAGGUGCUCCAAAAUCAUCUUUCCUUCAAGGAUUAAGUAUAAUCGGAGUGCAACAGAUUGACCGAGUAGUAGAAGUUGUAGAGGAAACCUUAAAAGGAAAUACAGUAAGAUUUUUACAUCAGAAAAAGAAUUCUGGUAAGAAGAUGGGUGGCGCUUCUCUAAGUCUUCCAAAAGUGCGGCGAAAUCCACUCAUUGAGAUCAUAGCCAUCAACACAGGUUGCCUGAAUCAGUGUACCUACUGUAAAACGAAACACGCGCGAGGAGAAUUGGGCAGUUAUCAACCGGAAGAGAUAGUUGAGCGAGCUAAACAGGCCUUCGAGGAGGGUGUGUGCGAAUUAUGGCUCACGUCAGAAGAUACUGGGGCCUACGGCAGAGACAUUGGCACCAGUUUGCCGGAAUUGUUAUGGAAACUGGUAGACGUUAUCCCGGAUGGUUGUAUGAUGCGUGUCGGGAUGACCAAUCCACCAUACAUCCUCGAGCAUCUGGACGAGAUGGCCAAGAUCUUGCGGCAUCCCAAAGUCUACAGCUUCCUCCACAUUCCGGUGCAAUCUGGCAGCGAUCAAGUGCUGGCCGACAUGAGGCGAGAGUAUACACGCGCCGAUUUCGAGCACACGGUUAAUUUCUUGAGCGAGCGUGUGCCGGGUCUGACCAUCGCCACGGAUAUCAUUUGCGGCUUCCCCACGGAAACGGAGGUGGAUUUCGAGGAGACGAUGGCGCUCUGUCAAAAAUACAAGUUCCCGAGUCUUUUCAUCAAUCAGUUCUUCUCCCGGCCCGGUACACCCGCUGCUAGAAUGCCGAAAGUGCCUACGCAAGAAGUGAAGACGAGGACUAAAAGAUUAUCGGAAUUCUUCCAGUCGUACGAACCGUACCAGCAUAAAGUGGGAUUGUUGCAAAAGGUGCUAAUAACGGAGAUGUCGCACGAUAAGCAGCAUUACGUGGGUCACAACAAAUUCUACGAACAGGUGUUGAUUCCUAUGGAGGAAAGGUACUUGGGGAAAAUGAUCGACGUGAAGAUUACAGAAGCGACGAAGUUCUCCAUGAAAGGGGAACCGAUUGGCGAAGGUGUAUCUCCGGUACUUAAAUCUCCUCUAUCGCGAGAAAUCGCUCUUCAUCGAGUAUUAGAAGACGAGACGAAGGCAUCGAGAUAUAGAAUAGCGACAAUUACGGCAAUCUUUUUUGCUGUGAUAAUUAGAAUACUAUGGAAAUUUCUAACUUAGAUAUACAUAAUUUAUUCUAAGAGCGCAUAUAUAAAUAGAUUAUAUGUAAAUAAAUUAUAUGACGUUGCACACAAUGUGGAUAUAUGUGGAAUUUUAUGUUCACAGUAGAAUGAAUAUUUUCUAAAGUAUUUAAUUAGAGAUGUAAAUGUUUUAGUUAUCUUUGGAUAAAGAAAGAGACAUGAGAUUA